CUUUUCCUUCUCCAUCUCAAAAAACACCAAAACUCCUCCACAAGUAAACUACUACAAACCCUCAAAUCCAUUUUCAAGAACAAAAAAAUUUAUCAAAGCCAAUAUGUUGAGAAUCCUUGGAAAAGAUCUCACAACAAUGAUCACCAGAUCUGAGUCAUCAAAAAUCGAAGUUGCCCACCAUGUGUUCGACGAUUUGUCUGAAUGGGAAUUCGUUAACCCAUCUGAUGAUGAACAAGAUGACACCUACUCCUUCACUGAUGAACCCAUGUUAAAACAAGAUGACCCUAUUACUGACCCGUGUGAAAUCGGGUCACCAUCUUCGGAUAUAUCCAUGGAUUCUCCCUUGCAAGUAGAGCUUGUUGGUGCAUUGAUCGCGUAUGAUGUUAGGGUUGAUAGUUCUAAUGAUGACGUGGAAGAAGAAGAGGAAGAGGAAGAAGAAGAUUAUGAUGAUGAUUUGGAUGAUGAGUUGGUGCCAAAUUGGUUAAGUGAUAAAUUUGGGAGACAAAGGAUUAGGAAAAUAGGGAAAAGGGCUAAUUCAAGGAUGAACAAAUCCAAAAAAGGGCCUCACGUUUUUAAUAGGCCUGGAUGUGUUCAUGGCAAACAUGGACUUGGUGUGCAGCACAAUUAUAUCUAGGAAGUAAAUAACUUGGAAGUUUCAACUGUGAAGGUUUAGGUUAAUUUCUUUACUGGAAUCAUUGUUGAUUUGAUCUGAAUAUAAACUUUGAUGUAUUUAGGACGCAGGUGGAAUUAGUAUAAGAACGGUUGGUACUAUUUUAGUUUGUCUACUUGGAUUUGGAUGUAAAUAUCUGAAUUUAUCUAAUGCUAUUUCAAUUUCAAGAUCCAA